GGCAGUGCGGAACUCCUCGAGUGUUGACAACAGCUUUUGGAAUGCGCCAGACUCACCCUAGCGCAAGGGGAAACAAUCUGGACGUAAACGCACGGCCUCAGGUGUUCAGGAGCUCCAGGUUUCCCAAUGUCUUCCUGCUGCUGUCCCCCUCUCCUCCCAGUGCUGCUGAUGUCUGGCCUGGCAGCUCUCCUUUUGCUGGCCUCUGGAGUCCACAGCCAAGGGAAGCUCAAGCUCACCGUGCUGUCUGAGGAUCGUCUCCAGAUGAAGUGGAAGGAGGCCGAGACUCCAGUUCAGGGGUACAAGGUUCGAGUGAAGCCCAUUUCAGACGAGCCCCAGCCAGAGCUGAUGUUGACGACAACACGGGGCAGGGCCACAGUGGCAGGGCUGGACCCCCGGCAGGAGUACGCCCUGCAAGUCCUGAUGCUCAACGGGACACAGGAGAAGCUCAUCGCCAAGAGACGAUUCACCAUUGACAGUCUGCGGGAGGAGUGGUUGAACCGCACUGGCAGCCGAGAGCAGCGGAGGAAAGUGAUUGCCGGGGGUUUGGGGUCAGGGGACAUCGACGACUCAACAGAGGCCCUGCUGGCCGCUCCCACUGUGAUGUUCACGGAGCCCCCGAGGACAGAAACAACCACCUCCCCGGACAAAAGCUUGGGGGGAGAGAGGGGCUCCAAGGAGGAGAAGAAGAAGAAGAAAAACAAGGAUCGUACGAAGUCAGGUGAUAAGCAGGAAGAGAGAACAACGCGUGGGAAGUCAGAGGAAGAAAACUCCAGCAGGGACAAACCCAGGAAAACAGUCCCCACACAGCCUGUCACAGCUGUUUCCACGCGUAAAGCAUUUGAAUGCGACGCAACCGCGGCUGCUGACAUGGUUUUACUGGUGGAUGGGUCCUGGAGCAUUGGGCGUACCAAUUUCAAGCGGGUUCGAGACUUCCUGGAGGGCCUGGUUACGCCCUUCCACAUUGGCCCUGACAGGGUGCAGAUAGCCCUAUCCCAGUACAGUGGAGAUCCCCGCACUGAGUGGCAGCUCAAUAACUUCACCUCCCGCGACCAACUGCUGGAAGCCGUCAGGAAUUUCAGAUAUAAAGGAGGGAACACCUUCACAGGUCAAGCUCUAAUGCACGUCUUAGAGCAGAAUCUUCGGGAGGAGGUGGGGGCACGGCCGGAUACCCCCCGCUUCUUGAUCCUCCUGACUGAUGGGAAGUCCCAGGAUGAUGCCAUUGCUGCUGCCAACAAGCUGAAGAAUGCUGGAGUGGAGCUCAUCGCUGUGGGAGUGAAAAACGCGGAUGAGGCGGAGCUCCGUCAGGUUGCGUCCGAGCCCCUGGAGCUCAACGUCUACAAUGUGAACGACUUCCCUCUGCUGAGCAAACUGGUGGGACGGCUGGUGCGAAUCCUUUGUGGGAAGAUUGAGGACCGCAGCAAAGCCAAGAGAAUGGAGAGGCCAACCCCUGACCCAGUCCUGUCCUACCCAAGCCCCACUGACCUGACCUUCUCUGACCUGGGCUCCAAGGAGGUUCGGCUGAGCUGGACCGCCCCAACCAGGCCUGCGCUCCAGUACAGAGUGGUGUACCACAGUAGCGAGGGUCAAAGCCCCCAGGAGGUGGUGGUGAAUGGCACAGACUCCAGCGUCAUGUUGAGGGGCCUCUCGUCACAGACUCAGUACCACCUAUCCAUCUUCCCUGUCUAUGAGAACAAUGUGGGCCCUGCCCUGAGAGGAACUAUCACCACACUUCCGCUGGGUGCACCUGAGGGCCUGGAGGUUACACCCUCGUCUCCAGGAAGCCUGCGUGUGCACUGGGGCCCUGCCCCCGGGGCUACACAAUACAUGGUCCUCUACUCUGCCCUCAGGCACGGGGAGCCCGAGGAUGCCAAGGAGGUGAAGUUUGGACCAGACCAGACAGAUGUUGAGCUGGGGGGUUUGAUGCCAGAAACAGACUACUCAGUGACUCUGUAUGCUCUGUAUGACGAGGACCCCAGUGAUCCAGUCACUGCAAUCUCCGCGACAUACCCCUUGCCGCCCCCUCUGAGCCUGCAGUUCCCAUUAGUCAGCCACAGUAUGGUGAGGGUGAGCUGGGUGCCAGGCUCUGUGGACGUUCCCGGACACCAGAUCACCUACAGCACCAACCACGGCAGUGACGUCAGGCAGGUGGAGGUAACAAGAGUUAACUCAGUGCUGCUGCAGAACCUGUCAUCUCUAUCCAGAUACCUGGUGUCUGUGCGCUCACAGUAUGAGCAGGGGCUGUCUGCACCUCUCACAGCCAACAUCACCACAUUGAGGGUACCUGCACCCUCUGAUCUACGAGUAACCAACUUCUCAGGAAGUGACAUCACAGUACGCUGGGACUCAGCAGCUGAUGAUGUUGUCUCUUACCUCAUCAAGUGGAUAUCCCUCGGUGGGGGCAAGCUCAGUCAGCUCACAGUGAGCGGGGACAGUGAGGGAGCCAUACUGGAGGGAGUGGAGGAUAAUAAGGAAUACCAGAUCUCACUCUCUGCACUGUAUGCAGAUGGAGCACGGAGUGAAGCUAUGGCCAUUCGAUACAGCACCUCAUCGGGGGGUGGUCCCAGCAGUGUGACAAUCUCUGAGGAAACAGCAGUGAGCUUUUUGGUCAGCUGGGUGCCACCCAAUGCCCAUGUAUUGCAGUACCAUGUCUCCUACACUGCACUGAACGGAGAGUCGCAGGAACACACAGUGCUGGUGCCGGGCAGCGAGAGACGGGUGCGCCUGCAGCCUCUGCUCCCCGACACGCGCUACAGCGUCCUCGUCACCGCCGAGUACAGGAGCCGGGAAGGGGGCAGCGCCUCUGCGCAGGGCAAAACCACCAGCCUACGCGUGAGCAGCGUUAGUGUGGUCCGCUCAGAUCACUCCAGCCUCUGUGUGUCCUGGAGGACCCUCUCAGCUGUCACAGGGUACCGCAUCGUCAUUCAGUCCGUCAAAGACAAGCAGACCAAGCAGCAGAUUGUGGAUGCCUCCAGCAGCAGUCACUGUUUCUCCGACCUGCAGCCAGAGACUGUGUAUCGCAUCAGCGUGCACUCCCGCCUCGGCACAGCAGAGGGCGCAGCUGUCACCAUCCUGCACUCAACAGCCCCAGCACCUGCCAGAGUCCCCCUUCACCCCCGAUUGCGCUUGACGCACAAUGAAGUGUGUCCUGAGGUGACCAUCAGAAACAUCGUAGUAAAAGGAUUUGAUAUGAUGGAGGCAUUUGGGUUGACCCAGAGGGCUCACUCCUCUGUGGAGGGUGUGGCAGCUGAGCCCUUUAUCUUCAACACACUUCCCAGCUACACAUUGUACCGGGACAUCCAGCUCACCCAGAGCACACACUUCAUCCAUCCUGCAGGAAUCUCCCCGGAGCACACCAUCAGUGUGGUGUUCCGUGUACUGCAGGACACGCCACGAGAACCCUUCGCCCUCUGGCAGCUCACCGACAAUGACUUCCAGCCGAAAAUGGGGGUGGUACUGGACCCUGUGAGGAAGCAGCUUCUGUACUUCAGCCUGGAUUACAGAGGAGAGGUCCAAGAGCUGACCUUCGACCAGCCCGAAGUGCAGAGGCUUUUCUAUGGCAGCUUCCACAAGGUGCACCUGUCUGUCAGCCAGGUGAGUGUUUCUCUGUCUGUGGACUGUCAGCGUGUGGCAGAGAGACCAGCCCGGCCCCUUGGCACCCUUCCCACUGACGGCUUUGAGAUGUUGGGCAAGCUGGUGAAGACUCGAGGGCCACACAGUGGUUCUGUCCCGUUUCAGCUGCAGUCAUUUGAGAUUGUGUGCAACACCACCUGGGCCUCAGAGGACACCUGCUGUGACAUCCCAGCACAGAGAGAUGAGGAGAGCUGCCCUGCUCCAGCCUAUGCCUGCACCUGUACCUCAGAUGUUCCGGGAGCUCCUGGCCCAACUGGCCCUCCAGGCAAACCAGGUCCCCGGGGUGAGAAAGGGGAGAGAGGAGAGCAAGGCCAGAAGGGAGAAAUGGGUCCUUCUGGGAAGAUGGGGUCAGAGGGUGGUGUAGGCCCCCUGGGGUCACGUGGCCCCAGAGGGAUGACAGUGCAAGGUCGAGUGGGCCCACCCGGUGCAAGAGGAGAGAAAGGUGACAAGGGAAAGCCUGGGAUCCAGGGGUUGCCAGGUCCACCCGGUCCAGGAGGCAGAGAGGGAAACCCAGGCCCCAAGGGAAUGAGAGGUGUGGAGGGCAACAUGGGUAUACCAGGAAUAACUGGACCAAGGGGGUUCCAGGGCAUGCCGGGUGUCCCAGGCCCUGUGGGAGAGAGAGGGUCUCUUGGACCAGUGGGGCCUACAGGGCUUCCCGGAAGUAAGGGUGAGAGGGGGGAGAAGGGGGAGAUGCAGUCCCUUGCAAGCAUCUACCAGCUAGUCACCCAGGCCUGUGAACAACUGGUGCACAGCGAGGUCAUGAAGCUAGACUCUUUCCUGAAUGAGAUGAGCCGUAAGCCUGUGCCCCUGGAGGAGCCAGUGGGGCCCCCAGGAGAACCUGGGAUACCAGGGCCCAAAGGGGCCCCGGGGCACAGGGGAGCCCAAGGAAGACAGGGUCCCAGAGGGAAACCGGGGAAACCGGGGUACCCAGGAGAACAAGGACGUAGGGGGCUUUCGAGUGAGAAGGGCAGUCCAGGGGCCAAUGUGCAGGGGCCACAGGGGACCAAGGGAUUUGCAGGUCCCCCGGGAGAGGCUAGGCUGGGAAAAGCAGGACCUCGGGGAGAAGACGGAAAGCCAGGGGCUCCUGGAUUGGCGGGGGCAGCUGGACAGCCCGGAGAGAUGGGGCCGCCAGGGUCUUGUGACAGCAGUGGUUGCCGCAGAGGACGCAAUCCAGCAGAAGAUCCAUAUUUUGGGUACCGGCCCUGAGUACAGAUGGCUCCACCCCAAAAUUUCCCAUGUCUUUUUCUGGGUGUUGUCCAGUUCAGAACCAGCUUCUGUGGAUUUUUUUUUUUUUUUUUGCAAAGUCCCUCUUUAUGACAAAGUGCAUUGCUGGAGCUGAACCACUGAAUGAGACAGGGUCCCGGAGAUUGGCCUUUCAGACAUAAUAAGUCUGUUGACCGCAUGAGAAUGUAUCAGAGCAGCACCACUCAACCACAGCGAACUCAGCUGGUAUAAAAGCGUUGGAUCGGACAAGCUUCCCAGAGACUGCCUGGGAGGAGGAGACAUAAAGAAGUAGAAUUUAGAAUAAGGUUUCAACUUUCCUGGAAGAUGUUACUUCUCAUACUUUGUGAACAGUGUAUCUCAUCUCUUUACACCAAAAAAAUCAAGUCCAAGCCUGAACUGCCAUUUGUGCUUGAAAGGCAUGUGUUCAUGAAGGUGGCCAUUUGUUUCACAUACAUUUACACACACAUCUUUUAUUUAUGUGUACAUUAUGGGAAUUUCACCCAGAUAUAGCAACUGAAUAUGUUCGUGAUUUAAUCACA